AUGCCCUACCAGCCCCGAGCCCAACACAGCACACAACCCAAAGAAUCCAAAUCCAACACAGCACAUGAGACACAGGAUCAAACACUGUCCGAAUCCCAGUCCGAAUCAAAAAGAGUCCCUGUUCAAAUCCCACUCGACAUUCCACUCCCGGCCCUCGCAAACCAUGCAUUUACCAUUUACAUUCACAAAUCUACCCUCUACAACCUCCACUCUUAG